AUGAACUGUGUUGGCCGCCUGGUCCUCGUCGUGCUGAGCCUGUGGCCGGGUAGAAUCGUUGCCCCGGGUCCGCCUCCUGGUCCCCCGCGAGCCGCCCCAGACCCUCGCGCUGAGCUGGACAGCACCGUCCUCCUGACCCGUUCCCUGCUGGCCGACACUCGGCAGCUGGCUGCGCAGCUGAGGGACAAAUUCCCAGCCGAAGGGGACCACAACCUCGAUUCCUUGCCCACUUUGGCCAUGAGCGCAGGGGCGCUGGGAGCCUUGCAGCUCCCAGGGGUGCUGACCAGACUCCGAGCCGAUCUGCUUUCCUACCUGCGACACGUGCAGUGGUUACGCAAAGCCGGUGGUCCUUCCUUGAAGACCCUGGAGCCCGAGCUGGGUGCCCUGCAGGCCCGGCUGGACCGGCUGCUGCGUCGGCUGCAGCUCUUGACAUCCCGCCUGGCCCUGCCCCAGGCCCCGCCCGACCCCCCGGCGCCACCCCUGGCCCCACCGGCCUCAGCCUGGGGUGGCAUCAGGGCGGCCCACGCCAUCCUCGGGGGCCUGCACCUGACCCUGGACUGGGCCGUGAGGGGGCUGCUGCUGCUGAAAACGCGCCUGUGACCAGACUCCCGGCCACCGUCGUCCUUCCAAAGCCAGAUCUUAUUUAUUUAUUUAUUUUGGUACUGGGGG